CACACAUGCGUGCGACGACGGUUACAUCACGGAGCCGGCUCGUUACUUCCUGUAGCUGCGACGUGCGAUCUGUGACUUCCAAGACUCAUUCAAACGAAACCACACUCGGGACGAUUUCUUUACAGGUCAUUUUUUACAGCGACACGCUCCUUAACCAGACAGGAUGUCUUCCUAUGAUGAAAAUGAGUCCAAACUCAUGCGAAAAGCAAGGGAGAAUCCAUUUGUCCCAGUGGGCAUUGCUGGAUUCCUUGCGAUCGUUGGGUACAGACUGAUGAAGAUGAGGAGUCGGGGAGACACAAAAAUGUCACUGCACCUGAUCCACAUGCGUGUAGCUGCCCAAGGCUUUGUGGUUGGAUCCAUGACGAUUGGAGUCCUUUAUUCAAUGUACAGGGAUUACAUUGUAAAACCCAGAGAAGAGAAAGCAGCAAAAAACAAGUGAACCCGCCUAGUUUAAUGACCCUUAAUAUAACCUCAUGUUAAGGUGUAUAGAGGUUUUUUAUUUUCACAGAUGCAUCAUAACUUUUUUAUGCAUGCACCCUUUCAGGAGUUCAGCUCUACUGUAAAUAGAUAACUUAUUGAUUACACUUCACUUCCUUUCUUCUACAUAGUACAUCAGAGAGUCUGUACUCUGUGUUUGCAGAUCUAAACCCAGCUGGUUUGAUUUGUGUGGAAUUUGUUGCCUCCCAUUUGAAUGGUGAGCGAGUGAAAGUGUGAAAGUUUGAAAAAAAAUGUAGCAUACUUAAAAACAGUAUGAGCAGACUAAGACUAGAUUAAAAGAUAACCUACAAUGGGAGGUUGCCUGACCAUUUUUACCUUUGUCUUUGCUGUAUUCUUGUAUGAUCACAUUUAGGGAUGUUUUGCAAAACAAAAAUAACAGUACCUUAGCUGACCUCUUUUUUUUAAAUAAAUGAAAUUUAUUAUUAUUAUAGUUUCCUUCCAAACAAGGCCUGAGCUCUCACAUUAUAAUCACCUUUAGAGUACAAUAGUAUGGAAUGAUGCCAUUUCAUACAAUAUGGAAUAGCAUCAUUCCAUAAAUUUUUUUUUUCAAAAUAAGGACAUGGAAAUUGAAGAAAGUAAGCCAUGUUUCUUAACCAAAACCAUAAAUGUCUCCAGCAGAUAUAAAAAUGUGUGAUCUUCAUUCAGUGGGUUUUAUACAAAUUGAUUGUAAAGGCCACACAUCUCUUUCAGAUUUCUAUCAUGUUAUUCAGAGGGGUUCAGUAUUUCAAAAACCCUCAUGACACACAUAAACGUACUGACACCUUAACAUACAGGCUGUGCAGUAACCUAUAUAUCAUGUAGACUAUUGUGUGAUAUCUUUAAUUAGAUGCCUUGUUAAGUUAUACACAAGUUGAGUUUGGGAUGUUGUGUGAAAAUACAUUAUUUUUGAGUAUUUGUUUCUUUAUUUUUUUCUUGAAAUAAAAGUGUCCACUCUUGUAAUUUAAAAAUGAUAUUAAUAGUGCCUUUCAAAACACCCAGUGGAACUUGACGAAUCAAACAAAAAAGACAUCCAUUUGCUUCUGAAGGUAGGAAAGCAAAAAGGACAAUAAAAUAAAGUUCACCCUUCAUGUAGCACCAGGGAAAGACAAACUUAUCAGGCACGUUUUUGAAUCCACCUUAAAAGAAGAAACGCGUGCAGUGGGCCAGACCCUAUAGGGGAGACCGUUACAGAGGUACGGCCCUGUCACCCAUGGUGCGGGGCCUGGAGGGGGAGUGAGGAGUAGAUGCACAUCAGAGGAGCGCAGUGAUCAUGUAGGUGUGCAGGGUAUGAGUAAGACUGGAAAGGGAGUUGCUAAGCCAUGGAGGCUAUUGUACACAAGGAGAGGAACUUAAACUGAAUGCAGUGUUUAACUGGGAGCCAGUGCAAUUGUUGAUGGUGAUGUGCUCCCAGGACCAUGUGGGUCAGUGGACUGUCGCAGCUGAAUUUUGGACAUACUGAAGUGUCUUUAACUUUAGUGUGGAUAAACUGCAGAGAAACAUUGCAAUAGUAAUGAGGGGAUGUGGUAAAGUCGUGGAUGAGAGUCUCCGUAACAGUUUGGGAAAGAAAGGGACAUAAUCUGGAAAUGUUUUAGGUGGAAGAAAUCUUUUUUGCAGAUGUCAGUUACUGUAAAUAUGUUCUGACUGGUUUGGGCUUUUGUACUACACAGUAUAACAUUGUACACACUACAUAUACGGUACAAGAAACACACCUUUCAUUUUGAAUUGGAAUUCAACAGGACCAUGAGUUUUCUGAAAACUGAUCUUGACAACGUUCUUGAUUGUAGGAUUUAACACAAGCCCAAAUAGUUUGUCAAUAAACUGCCAAAUGAUUUUGCAAGUAUAACGAAUGAUUCUAAUGUAAGUUUCUUACUUUUACCUCCUGCUAUAUUGAAACAUUGGAAAAAAUCAUUUCCCUGUGCGCCAGUAGGUGUCCAAAUACAUUCCACACAAUGAAACCAUUACAUAUUUGAACAAAAGUCGUCCACUGCCAUCUAAUAAAACUGCCCUGUUCUCUGUAA